AGCCACGAGCAACCAGUACCCAUCGUUACAGAUUUCCCACACACGCUCGAGUGGUUCUCAGAUUAGGCCUCUCUCUCUUUCUCUCUCUCUUGCUCGCUCACCAUUUUCCAGCUCAAUUUCUCACAACCCUAGAAUUUAUCCAGCUCUGAAUUUUCCCAAAACGAAUUCCUAACAAACCAUGUGGGGUGGUAGCGGUGGUGGUGGUAUUUAUUGGGGGCGAAAAGAGGUCUCGGACUUCAAAGGAAUUGUGGUUCUCUUCGCUUGGGUUUCGAUUCACCAGGACCACUUGAAAAACUAUGUCGAUUUGUACGCCUCUCUUGGUUGGAAUUCUCUUGUUUGCCAUGCCCAUUUUCUCGAUGCAUUUUAUCCUGAACGGGCCAUGUCAUCAGCCUUUGUGGUUCUCAAUGAGCUUGUUGAGGAGCUAAGGAUUAAGCCAUGUCCUGUGGUAUUUUCUGCUUUUUCUGGUGGUACGAAAGCUAGCAUGUACAAGGUUUUUCAGAUUAUUGAGGGAAUAAGUGAAGGCCAGCUUUAUCCGGGUGAAUAUCGGUUGGUCCGAAAUUGUAUUUCUGGUAAUAUCUUUGAUUCCAGUCCAGUUGAUUUUACAAGUGAUUUGGGUACUCGCUAUGCACUACAUCCAACCAUUCAGAGAAUGCCUGGAUCUUGGAAACUUGCUUCUUGGGUAGCUAAAGGCAUUGCUUCUGGUUUAGAUGCUUUAUAUCUUACUAGAUUUGUAUCCCAACGUACUGAGUAUUGGCAGGCACUAUAUUCCUCUGUUAAUUUGGGUGCACCAUUUCUCAUUUUGGGUUCGGAAAAAGAUGAUCUCGCUCCCUGUCAUAUCAUCUGCAAUUUCACUCAACGUCUACAAGAACUUGGGGGAGAUGUCAAGUUUGUGAAAAUGAAAGGCUCCUGUCACAUAGGUCAUUAUAAGUAUUAUCCAAUCCAAUAUAGGGCUGCUGUAUCUGAUUUGCUAGAGAAGGCUACUUUAGUUUUUUCUCAAAAAAUGCGGCAACUCGAAGAAGAAAGAAUUUACAUGGAAGGUACACAUGAUGAGAUAUCCCAGUUAAUUUGUGACCUACAGAAGGCAGCAGUUAACUCAAAUCAGAGUCUUAGAAGAGUUGCACGUGGGCCUGGUGAUCAUUUCUACUUGCCAAGCUCAUCUGAAUAUCAAAAUGGUAAAGAAUCCGAGCCUUUACAAGAUGAAGGGAAAGAAAAACCAGUUCAUCUACCUACACCCCCAAGCAUUAAUGCGCAUAGUGUUCUGGGCCGGCUUUUAUUUGAUGCAUGUGUUCCUAAGAAUGUUGAGGGUUGGGAUAUUAAAUUCUGUGGCUCUUUGAAUGGACAACCAUUUGCUUCUGCUCGUAGACAUUCACCUUUCCAUGGCAUUAAAGGCAUCCGUCGCUCCAGAUUAUAGUCUUUACUGUUAAGACUUUUGGAGAAUCUUUGUAGAGAUAGAUAGUGUAAUACAGGUUGUUUGAUCAAUCAGCUUCUGAAGAGACUUUGGCCGAACACGCCUUUAAAAUUGCAUACAAAUUUGUUGACAUUGCAAGGUAUUGAAGUCAAGUUCCAUCUAUACUACACUCCACAGCACAUUCUGUUCCCAUUCAGAAUGCUAAUUGCUUAUGUUACUGGGUCAGACCUAUUGCCUGAAGGGUAUUAGACUGAACGAAAGGUUCAGUGAUAAUAUACAUCUGCACAGAGAAGUUUAUAUGUUUGAGAAGAUCUUUACUCUGUGGUGACUGAUGAGGUUUGUAAGGUUUGUACAGGUGAUAGGGAAGAUGAUCCUGUCACUGGAAGCACAGUUUUUGAUUGUAUGUGAUAGCAAUUAUUAGUGUUUUGGAAGAAGAUCCUUGUGAGGUCUUGGGGUUAGUUUUUGUUAUAAGUUAUAGAUAUAGCUAAGACUGGUUGCUUUACCAUGUAAAUAAGACGAGAAAAUCUUGCCGCAUAUCCUUCUUUUCUGUUUCCUAUGAAAAGUAAUUUGCAAAAUUGUAUAAAGCAAUAUGGUUUUAGUUUCAA